GGACAUUUGCCAUGGUAAGAGACGGCAGACUCCGCGAUUCAUUUUAAUGCAGAGAUAUUGAACAGUUAAUGAGAGUGCCUUUGACAUUCCAUAUGAGGCAUUUCAGUCGUUCAAUGUGCAUAAUUUAUGGUCAUCAACUGCAGAACGCCUCUAAGUGAAAAGAUAGGUGAAGUAUGAACUCAGAUUGUUUGAUUGUAACUAUUCUCACUUAUAUCUCACCACCUAUAAACAUAUCUGUGAAAGUUCUAAGCCGCCUCCCUGUUAAGCUGCAGCCUGAUACAUCGCGGAGAGAGUGAACUUGCUUCGUUUAUGAGAGGACGCAGGGCUUACCUGCUCAAGCCCGGUUUCACGGAUCGCCAUUCUCAACAUGAAAUAUCUCUCCAGUCUCCUAGGAGUGGCCGCAAUGCGUGCAAGGUUACUGCAUUUGUACCGCUCUUCGCAAUAUACGAAUUCCCACCCUAUAAAGCCUCGUUCUUUUUCCCAAGUUCCUCAUUAUAACAAGCCAAAACAAGAACCAAGCGUUCCCAAGGGACCACCCGUUCCUAAGGAGCCAUCAGACCCUCUACACAUCCUCUUCUGUGGAUCCGACGAAUUCAGCUGCAGUUCACUGAAAGCGCUGUACCAUGAACAUAUCGAAAAUCCCGACCUAAUCCAGUCCAUAGAGGUUGUCGUACGUCCGGGGAAGCGGACAGGCCGUGGGUUGCAAAAGAUUCAGGAUCCGCCCAUUCGAAGCGUAGCAGAUACUCUCAACCUCAAAAUCCACACGAGAGACACAUUUACAGGAUGGGACAUGCCUACCAAAACCAAUCUAAUCAUAGCUGUAUCUUUCGGCCUCUUCGUGCCACCCCGUCUCCUCCGCGCCGCCAAAUAUGGCGGCUUAAAUCUCCAUCCCUCCUUACUCCCUGACCUUCGUGGUCCGGCUCCCCUCCAUCACGCCCUUCUCAACAACUACACAAUCACAGGUGUGUCACUACAAACUCUGGACCACAACGCCUUCGACCACGGUGUCGUCCUCGCACAGACACCUCGCGGCCGGAAAAACAAAGACACAAUUUUUAUCUCACGCCACGUUCAAAAUCCAUCCUAUCUCCAGUCACUUAUCACACCCGCGGCCACCCGCCUCCUGAUCAACGGGCUCCGGGAGAACGUCCACGUGCCACCGCAUGUGCGCAAAGGCUGGGUACCCCCUCGCACGCAUCCCAUCCGUCACGCACCGAAGAUCACCAAGCAAGACCGCCAACUCACCCGCGCUCUCCUCCAAACAUAUAAUUUCUGGGGCCCUCCCACACCAAAGAUGCUGGUAUCCAGCCCCUUGACCCGGCGCCAAGCAGCCAUUGGUCCCCUGUGGUUUCUCUCGCGCGAUCGCAGCGGGGAGCAGAAGCGCAUCAUCAUCGAAGCCGUAGAUGACCAUUAUCCGGAAUCAUCUAGUCAAGAAGAAGACUAUACACCCCGACCUAGAUUCAAAGGCGACCAGCAUACUCACUCAUUUACACUUGACUGCGAAGACGAAGAGGAUAAUGACAUAUAUACAAUCGAAGAGGAAGACAAGGACGUGCCCAGCAAGGACGUGCCCAGCAGGGACGUGCCCACCAUGCUCGCCCCAGCAAGCGCCAAGCCCGGACCCCUGGAAUUCGCAAUCCCGUUCGAAGACGAGCCAGAGGACGACUCGCAGCAACGAUCGGAGACGCAACACGACCAGCGCAUGAACCUCACGUUCUGGGCCCCGGAGAUCGAAUCCGACGACCUGUACCUGGGUAAGAACCGCAUAGUCAGCCUCAAGGUCGAAGGCGACAAGGCGCGUCCCGCGCGCCACGCUCUCCACGCCUUCGUCGUCAACACCGAGGACUGGCGGGCCUACACGUCGCGACGGGACUAUCUCGAUGCGCAGAAGAAGAAGGACGAGAAGGAAAAAGAAACUUGAGCAAACGAUCAAUUUCCAAAGGUCGAUAUGGUUAAGGGUUGGGGAAAGGGGAGGUGGUGCCCGGGAUUUCAAGCAUGUAAGGGCAAAUGGUGAAUUCACCGAGUAGGGCUCGUAACAAUACGUAACUGAACAAUAAAUAGUAGGUAUGCAAACGCGUGUUGUAGAGAAACGUUAAUAAAUGUAUAAUAAAAUAUAUCAUAUUGUCGGCAUAUAUAGCAGUACUAGGUAUUUGAGUACCCGGUGCAUUGGUUUUUACUUAGUUAUACAUAUUUAUACUAUGAUGAUGGCGCGACGACCCGUACCACACCAGCCAAUAAAAUAAC